AUGGGAGGCCAAAAGACUCCGCUUGAGGCGAACUCCAUCAAGCUAGCAAUAACCAUCACUCUAGACGACGGGUUUUCCUGCGGCCUCAUUCCGAAGUAUGCAUUUCUCCUCCUAAAGGAAGUAGGCUACAUCAAGAACGAAUACUCCAGACCAGAACACUACUCGUCUUCUGCGCCCACAAUCCACAUCCCUGGCGUGCGACGCGAUCUCUGGCUCUCCCUCCAGAACACCAUCGCCAUGAACCGUGGCGUUUUAGUACCGGAGGCUCACCCAACCGAGUACAAGGGUAGAGCAGACAUGACCGGGGUAGGAAAGAACGACAUCCGGAUCUGCGCCUGGGAUUGCGGCAUCCACUAUCUUCUCGAGCUUAUGAUCGUCGGCGAGAAUCUGCAGGCACCGGGCUUUCAGAACCAAGUCAUGGACAAGCUGCUUUUGACUUAUCGGAAGUUCUAUCAAGAGAAUGAAGGCAGAGUCCCGUUGGGGAACGUCGAGUAUGUCUUUGAGAACUCGCAGAAUGAGCGUUUGAGGGAUUUCGUCAGGGAUGUGUUGAUCUUUGCUAUGAGUGACCGGACGACGACACAGGCUUUUGUGGAGAGACACAUCAGUGAGGAGCUUAGGGACGAUUUGAAGAAGAGGUGGGACAACACGCAGAGGAGAGUUAGGGAUGCGCCGUGGGAUCACCCUGGUGAUUACCAGGUUCCUCGAGUGGAUCCUAUCAGCAUCCAGUGCUGA